CCCUACCUGGGGGUCGAGAUGUCGGGGCUCAGCGACCCAGAGAGAGAGGGCUGUCGUAACAUGCUCGCCCUACUAGUUGACGAUGAUAUCUUGGCCCUAUGCGACACCAUCACAAACCGCCUAGUGCAGCCUGAGGACCGCCAGGAUGCUAUUCGUGCAAUAUUAGCAUACAGUCAAAAUGUAGAAGAACUUCUGAAGCGUAAAAAAGUCCACCGAGAUGUCAUAUUUAAGUACUUGGCAACACAGGGGGUUAUUAUACCUCCAGCUACUGAAAAACACAGUCUUAUCCAGCAUGCAAAGGAUUACUGGAAAAAGCAAUUACAUCUGAAAUUGAAGGCAACACCAGAGCCAGUUAAGACCUCUAUGGAUGUUAAAAUCUUUCAACAGCAGGAGAAAGAAGAUAAAACUGAAAAAGUUGAUUUUCGUCAGUUAGGAAAAGAAUUCUGUCACUGGUUCUUUGAACUUCUUAAUUCUCAGAAUCCUUUUCUUGGACCACCUCAAGAUGAAUGGGGACCACAGCACUUCUGGCAUGAUGUCAAGCUUAGGUUUUACUAUAACACCUCUGAACAAAAUGUGAUAGACUACCAAGGAGCAGAAAUCGUGAGCCUUCGUCUGCUGUCACUAGUGAAAGAAGAAUAUCUUUUUCUCAGUCCCAACCUUGAUUCCCGUGGAUUGAAAUGUGCCUCUUCUCCUCAUGGUUUGGUUAUGGUUGGAGUUGCUGGGACUGUCCACCGAGGGAACACUUGCUUGGGCAUUUUUGAACAAAUUUUUGGACUCAUCCGCUGCCCUUUUGUGGAGAAUACUUGGAAAAUCAAAUUUAUCAACCUGAGAAUUAUUGGAGAGGCUUCCCUUGCUCCUGGAGCAUUAAUGAAACCAGCUAUUAAAUUUGAACCAAGUGAUCUAGAGGCCUUUUAUAACGUAAUCACUCUAUGUGGUACCGGUGAAGUACAACAUAAUGUAAGGUCUGCCAACUAUGAAUUUCUUCUGUACUCCAGUUCACUUCUCCUCCCCACUUCCUGCCCCUGAAGUGUUUAAUUUGCUGGCAACCAGAUUUCACUGAAAAAAAUUAUACUGACAACAAUGUAUGGACACCUUUGAACUAAACAGCUCUAAACAAUUAAGGCAAAAGUCACUGGAAGACCCUUUAUCAGAGGAUCUGGAGCAUAAUAAUCAUUUUAAUCUUCUUGGUCAAUUCUGGAAUAGUCCCUAAGAAGUACGGUCAUUUUUGAGUUCUGGGGAAUAGGUCUGGUAGGUCGAAAACCAUGUUGAAUCUUUUAACCCCUUCUUGGAAUAUACAAAUUCUGGCUUUAUGCACUUUAGAAUUAACCAGAAUUUUGAUAAUUUAAUCACUUGAGACAGAAUUAUAAAUAUAUCCACCAUGGUGAUUUCAUACUGAACUAAAAACAUUUAUAUCCAUGUUUUUGGGCUUUGGUUUACUUUUGGCCAUUUAUGAGAAAUGAACAUGACUUCCCAUGAGAGUUUGCUUGGAUGCUUUUGCCAGUAAGAUGCAUCAGUCUUUAGAAGGUUGCUUUUCAAGACAGACUUGUUACACAAUGUGCUUUAGUUGUGUAAUGUAUGUUACCACUUCUGUCAUUAAGGGUAUGGAUCAUGCUUAGCAUGACAUUUUGUGGGAUCCUAGUUGUGUGGUAUAUUUAGAGGCAUCUAACUGGAUAAAUAACCUCUGAUGAGUUCAGAGCACACACAUUAAUGGUAGUAUGGACAUCUUUCUGAAUAAACUACAAAAACACAUCCAAAUUCUGUGGUAAUGCUUCCAUCUGUCCUAUGACAUUCAUUAUUACAGAAUAUCAUACAGUGGUGGUGUCACAAAUAUUAUGUCUCUGGAGCAUCAUGUAACCUUGGGAGCAGAAAUAUCUGAAGAACCAAAGGAGAGUAAAGGCUAUAAUUAAAAAUAAGCCCCAAGAAAUAGUUUCCAUGUGGUUGUGAGAAGCCCUUGAGCACAGCUGGAAAAUUUCAGGCUGAAAUAUGUUGGAACAAUAGUUUACAGAGGAAAGUAGCUGGGUUUGUGGUUAUACUUGGAAGUAAAAUUUCCCUGCUUGGUUAUAAUAGCAAACUAGCUAUAAUGUUUGAAAGAAUAUUCCCUGAAGAAAAUUGUUACUCCCUGAAUUACAAAGAGAAACAUAAUAGAAAAUAAUUUCUUAAAUGAGAAUAUAGGUCUAUAUGCACAUUAAGAAUAAUUUAUUAUGUACAAAUGAAAAUAAGUUUCAAGGUAUAAAGACUAAUACAGGUUUACCUAAUAAUAAAGGGUUGGAGAAUCCAAAAUUCAAGAGAGAUUAGGAUUUAGUCUAAAAUUGUAAAAUAAGGUUACAUUUUAAAUUUUAUGGUACAAAUCUCUCAGUAUUUGAAUAAAUAUGUCAAUAUAUCAAAAAUCAAUUACAUUUCCUCUCAGAUUUA